ACAACCGGUUUCUCUGGUGGACGCUAGGGACGGUUCAUGGCCUGAGUUGAUCAUCUCUUUUCGUCACAGUCAUCAUCAACGCCGACAGUUGAAAGCAUUGCUUUGAGUAUAACGCGCGCGAUAUUUCUUCCUAUCGCGAUAACGGCCUUUCUUAUCGCACCUAACCGGCCGACUGCAGUCGCAUCGCAAUUACAAGUACUGCGAGGCACUUGCGAGCGCGGCGCUGAAACCCACCAGUGCGCGAUCGAUAUUCGCGUGGUGCAGCCAGCGCUGUGCGGUCUUCCAACAAUUUGCGCUUCUGGUUUAUUUUUGUUUAUACAUCGACAACGCUGGAAGUAACCAACGUGUGAUUAUGGAGAAGGAAGUUUGUUAUCUGUUGCUGGAGGAUGGUACGGUGUUUCCGGGAGAGGCGUUUGGGGCACGCAAUGCAAGAGACGGUGAAGUCGUUUUCCAAACUGGUAUGGUUGGAUAUCCUGAAUCUUUAACCGAUCCGAGUUAUCACGCCCAAAUUUUGGUCCUAACUUACCCGCUAAUCGGAAAUUACGGCAUCCCAGAAGGCAAACAUGAUGAACAUGGUCUACCUUAUUUUUUUGAAUCUAACAAAAUUUGGGCCGCUGGUUUGGUCGUGGGUGAACACUGUGAUGAACCCAGUCAUUGGCGUCACCACCAGACACUCUCCGAAUGGAUGCGUAGAAAAUGUCCCGGAAUUCAAGGUGUCGACACGCGCGCUCUCACGAAAAAGAUACGCGAAAAAGGAUCUAUUCUCGGUAAAAUAGUUUUUGAACUUCCUAUAAACACUGAGAAUGUUAAGAUUGCGGAUCCCAACUUGAGGAAUUUGGUCGCAGAGGUUUCCACAAAGGAAGUUAAAGUAUUUAAUCCAAAUGGAAGUCCAAAAAUAUGUGCAAUCGAUUGUGGCCUAAAAAACAAUCAAAUCAGAUGUUUCCUGCAACGUGGAGCAAGAGUUGACGUCGUUCCGUGGGAUCACAAGAUAACAGAAGAUUACGAUGGUGUUUUCCUGAGUAACGGUCCAGGUAAUCCAGAAAUGUGUCAAAAAACAAUUGAAACAAUCAAAGCGGUGAUUGCGAAAAAGAACACACCUGUUUUGGGCAUUUGUUUGGGUCACCAACUGUUAUCAUUGGCUAUUGGAUGCACCAGUUCCAAAAUGAAGUAUGGCAAUCGAGGACAUAACCAACCAUGUCUUCACCGUGGUACCAACCGCUGUUACAUGACCUCCCAGAACCAUGGUUUCGUCAUCAAUCCCGAAUCUCUGCCAGAAAAUUGGGAGGAACUUUUCUCAAACGCCAACGACCAAACCAACGAAGGCAUUAUUCACAAAACACUACCAUACUUUAGCGUUCAAUUCCAUCCUGAGCACGUUGCAGGACCUGAGGACCUCGAAUGUUUGUUUGAUGUUUUUCUAGAAGUUAUCAAAGACCCAACACAAAGGUCUGUUAAACAACGCAUUCAUGAAAGUUUACAAUUUGACGGUUUGAAACUACUUUCGGAGGUUCCCAAAAAGGUUCUUAUUAUCGGUUCGGGUGGUUUGAGUAUUGGUCAAGCUGGGGAGUUUGACUACUCUGGCUCACAAGCAAUCAAAGCACUUCAUGAGGAAGGAAUACAAACUGUCCUGAUCAACCCAAACAUAGCUACAGUUCAAACAUCAAAAGGUCUUGCAGAUAAAGUAUAUUUUCUUCCGUUGGUACCCGAGUAUGUUGAGCAGGUGAUUCGAGCAGAACGCCCUGGGGGUGUUCUGUUAACUUUUGGAGGCCAAACUGGUCUAAACUGCGGUGUACAAUUACAAAAAGCAAAAGUGUUCGAUAAAUACGGAGUAAAGGUCUUGGGAACACCAAUUGAAGCCAUCAUUGAUACAGAAGAUCGAAAAAUCUUCAGUGAACGUAUCGCUUGCAUCGGCGAGAAAGUAGCUCCCAGCAUGGCGGCUUAUUCGGUCCAGGAAGCUUUAGAAGCUGCAGAACAGUUGGGAUAUCCUGUAAUGGCAAGGGCAGCGUUUUCUUUGGGUGGUUUAGGAUCAGGAUUUGCCAAUAAUAAGGACGAAUUGAAAUCACUCGCACAACAAGCACUUGCACAUUCUACUCAACUUAUAAUUGAUAAAUCUCUAAGAGGUUGGAAAGAAGUUGAGUAUGAAGUUGUUAGGGAUGCUUACGACAAUUGUAUAACAGUAUGCAACAUGGAGAAUGUGGAUCCUUUGGGUAUUCAUACAGGGGAAUCGAUUGUAGUCGCACCAAGUCAAACUCUAUCGAACCGGGAAUAUAACUUACUAAGAACCACAGCUAUCAAUGUUAUUCGACACUUUGGUGUUGUUGGUGAGUGUAAUAUUCAAUACGCUCUGAAUCCCUAUGCGGAAGAAUACUACAUCAUUGAAGUAAAUGCCAGAUUAUCAAGAAGUUCCGCGCUUGCAAGUAAAGCAACUGGUUAUCCACUUGCUUAUGUCGCAGCUAAGUUGUCUUUGGGUAUAGCUCUACCUGAUAUUAAGAAUUCUGUAACUGGUGUGACUACAGCAUGUUUUGAACCAAGUCUGGAUUACUGCGUGGUAAAGAUUCCUAGAUGGGAUCUCAGCAAGUUUUCAAGGGUUUCUACUAAAAUCGGUUCAUCCAUGAAGAGUGUUGGAGAAGUCAUGGCAAUCGGAAGGAAGUUUGAGGAAGCCUUCCAGAAAGCACUCAGAAUGGUGGACGAAUCUGUAAAUGGAUUUGAUCCUUAUCUCAAACAAGUUGACGAUGAAGAACUUAAAGAACCAACUGAUAAACGAAUGUUUGUUUUGGCAGCUGCACUAAAAAGCGGAUACUCUGUUGAUAAGCUCUAUGACCUUACCAAAAUCGACAGAUGGUUCUUACAGAAAAUGAAACAUGUAAUCGACUAUAUUACACUGAUGGAGUCUUUAGACCAGAGCACAUUAUCAAGGAAUACAUUACUUAAAGCUAAACAACUGGGUUUUAGCGAUAAACAAAUUGCUGUAGCGGUAAAAAGCACUGAGUUAGCAAUCAGGAAACAACGUCAGGAUCUUGGACUGAUGCCGUUUGUCAAACAGAUUGAUACAGUCGCAGCUGAAUGGCCAGCAACUACUAAUUACUUGUACCUGACUUACAAUGCAACUGCACAUGAUUUAGAGUUCAAAGAAGAGCAUACUAUGGUGAUUGGUUCCGGGGUGUAUCGAAUUGGUAGUUCUGUCGAGUUUGAUUGGUGCGCAGUUGGUUGCUUGCGCGAGCUACGCAAACUUGGGAAGAAGACAAUCAUGGUUAACUACAACCCCGAAACGGUCUCCACUGAUUAUGACAUGUCGGAUAGAUUAUACUUUGAAGAAAUCUCCUUUGAGGUUGUUAUGGAUAUCUACAUCAUGGAGAAUCCUACUGGAAUCAUUCUGUGUAUGGGCGGUCAACUUCCCAAUAACAUCGCGAUGGAUCUUCAUAGACGCGGUGCUAGAAUUCUUGGUACUUCACCAGAUUCCAUUGAUGGUGCUGAGAAUCGUUUCAAAUUUUCGAGGAUGUUGGAUAGGAUCGGUAUUCUGCAACCGAGGUGGAAGGAAUUAACCAAUUUGAACGCCGCCAUUGAAUUCUGUGAACAAGUUGGUUAUCCAUGCUUGGUGAGACCUUCAUAUGUCCUGAGUGGAGCUGCCAUGAAUGUGGCGCACUCCAAUCAAGACCUUGAAACUUACCUCAAUGCAGCAAGUGAUGUCAGUAAAGAACAUCCGGUGGUAAUUUCAAAGUUUAUCUUAGAAAGCAAAGAAAUUGACGUUGAUGCCGUGGCUUGUGACGGUGUUAUCCUCUGCAUGGCCGUGUCUGAACACGUAGAAAACGCUGGGGUACACUCUGGUGAUGCUACACUUGUCACACCACCGCAAGAUAUUAAUAGAGAAACCCUGAUCAAGAUCAGACAAAUCUGUCGUGCUAUUGCAGCAAGUCUAGAAGUAACUGGCCCGUUUAAUAUGCAACUGAUCGCGAAAGACAACGAUUUAAAAGUUAUCGAGUGUAAUGUACGCGUGUCCCGGUCAUUCCCGUUUGUAUCCAAAACACUGGAUCAUGAUUUCGUAGCAAUGGCCACGCGUGUUAUCAUUGGGGAGAAAGUGGAACCGGUUGAUGUGCUUCAUGGAUGUGGUAAAGUGGGGGUAAAAGUGCCGCAGUUUUCGUUUUCGCGAUUAGCCGGAGCUGAUUUUAUGCUCGGGGUGGAGAUGGCAUCAACCGGGGAGGUGGCUUGUUUCGGGGAUAAUCGCUACGAAGCGUACAUCAAGGCAAUGAUGAGCACUGGAUUCUCCAUCCCGCAGAAAUCCAUUUUGUUAUCCAUCGGAAGUUUCAAGCACAAAAUGGAGUUGCUGCCGAGCAUGAGAACUUUGUACAAGAUGGGCUACAAGCUGUACGCCAGCCUGGGCACCGCGGACUUCUAUACCGAACAUGGCGUCGAUGUGGAAUCCGUGCAAUGGACUUUUGACAACAUCGAUGAUAUUACAUCUCAAGGGGAACUUAAACCUCUAGCGGAAUUCCUCUCCAAGAAACAAUUUGAUUUGGUUAUUAAUCUACCCAUGCGUAAUGGAGGUGCCAGAAGGGUUUCCUCGUUUAUGACCCAUGGUUAUCGCACCAGGCGUCUUGCUAUAGACUAUUCUAUUCCUCUGGUGACAGAUGUCAAAUGUACCAAGUUGUUGGUCGAGGCUAUUCGAAGGGUUGGAAAGACCCCACCCGCAAUGAAAACCCAUUGUGAUUGCAUGACUUCCCGAAGUCUCAUCAAACUGCCAGGUUUUAUUGAUACGCAUGUUCAUGUGCGUGAACCAGGCGCAACUCACAAGGAAGAUUUUGAUACGUGUACAGCUGCUGCACUUGCUGGUGGUGUUACCAUGAUUUGUGCCAUGCCCAAUACGAAUCCUUCUAUAAUCGAUGAGGAUUCUUUAAUGUUGGUGAAAAAGUUGGCGAAAGAAAAGGCCCGGUGUGAUUAUGCGCUGUUUUUGGGAGCCACCGAAGAAAAUUACUCAACUGUACCGGAUUUAGCUGUGGAAUCAGCUGGGUUGAAGAUGUAUCUGAAUGAAACCUUCUCAACGCUCAAAUUGAAUGAUUUAACUGUGUGGUCGAAACAUUUAGCGAAUUGGCCGAAGAAAUGGCCGCUUUGCGUGCAUGCCGAGAGUCAAACAACCGCCGCCAUUUUGUUGUUGGCGAACCUCCAUAAUCGUCCGAUUCAUAUUUGCCACGUGGCAAGAAAGUCGGAGAUACAGAUUAUCAAAGCUGCGAAGGAGAAAGGUCUCAAGGUUACAUGCGAAGUGUGCCCACAUCAUCUAUUUAUGUCUACUGAUGAUAUCCCGAGAUUGGGUUUUGGUAAAUCUGAAGUGCGUCCGGUUCUAACUUCACCCGAAGAUCAACAAGCCCUUUGGGAUAAUUUGCAUAUAAUUGAUUGUUUUGCAACUGACCAUGCUCCACACACGGUGGAAGAGAAGAAUUCAGAGAAACCACCACCUGGGUUCCCAGGUCUGGAGACAAUCCUACCCUUAUUACUCAAUGCGGUCCAUGAAGGCAGAAUGACCAUUGAGGACAUCAUAAACAAAUUCCACAAGAACCCAAAAAGGAUCUUCAGCCUGCCAGAACAACCUAAUACUUAUGUUGAGGUAGACCUUGAUGAGGAAUGGGUCAUACCCGAUGCAAUGCCCUACAGUAAAGCAAAAUGGACGCCAUUUGCUGGUAAAAAGGUGCGUGGUGCUAUCCAUAGAGUAGUGCUGCGUGGGGAGGUAGCUUAUGUUGAAGGCAAAGUCCUUACCCAACCUGGUUAUGGUCAGAAUGUUAGGGAAUGGGACAAUAAGAAGAUGAUGAUUGAGGGUCAUAAUCACAGUCGACCAUCGUCUGCUUUAGAAAGGACAUCAUCUCCUAUGCCCACAAUCCACCACGAUCUUUAUAAUGAUGGUCAAACCAAUGAGAUCUUUACCAAAUUACUAGCGGAAACUCCAAAGGUACACUUUGCUAAUGAUGGCUACUCUGAUAUAAGGAUGAAUGCUGUGUCCCCGUUACCAGUACCAUAUUCAGGACGAGCUAGAACUGAAAGUUUCAACGAAUCCAUUGCUUCAGCCACAGCACCACAUCCGCACCCACACCACCUGGGUGGGAAACAUAUCCUGACAGUUGAUAUGUUCAACAAGGAGCAACUGAAUGACAUCUUUAAUGUUGCACAGACAUUCCGGAUGUAUGUUUCCAAGGACCGUUCAUUGGAUCAUAUCUUACGAGGAAAAAUAAUGGCGUCCAUUUUUUAUGAGGUCAGCACCCGGACUUCCUGUAGUUUCUCCGCGGCUAUGCAACGUCUUGGUGGUAGGGUGAUCUACAUGGAUGAGACUUCGUCAUCUGCUAAAAAGGGUGAGACCCUUGAAGAUACCAUUGAAGUCAUGGCGUCGUAUUCAGACGUUGUGGUACUUCGACACCCAACACCAGGGUCAGUAUUAAGCGCGUCCGAACACUGUCGUAAACCUUUGAUCAACGCAGGAGAUGGAAUUGGGGAGCAUCCAUCACAAGCCCUACUUGAUGUCUUCACCAUUCGUGAAGAAAUUGGUACGGUUAACGGAUUAACCAUCACUUUGGUAGGGGAUUUGAAGAAUGGUAGGACUGUGCAUUCACUAGCAAGAUUACUCACUUUGUAUAACGUUCAAUUGAGAUAUGUGAGUCCUCCUAACCUAAAAAUGCCAAAACACAUUGUUCAAUUCAUCAAAGCCAAGGGGAUCGCACAGGAAGAAUUUACCAGCUUGGAGGAUGUACUGCCGGAUACUGAUGUUUUGUACAUGACUAGGAUUCAACGUGAAAGGUUUGAAUCACAAGAGGAAUAUGAAGCAGCUUGCGGACAUUUUAUUGUAACACCACAGUUGAUGACACGCGCAAAGAGGAAGAUGGUUGUUAUGCAUCCUCUGCCACGUGUGGGUGAAAUCAGCCCUGAUUUUGACUCCGAUCCACGUGCCGCCUACUUCCGGCAGGCCGAGUGCGGUAUGUUUGUUCGCAUGGCCCUCCUCGCGAUGGUCAUGGGCAGAUGUUAAGUUUUAAUAAUUCAGAAAUAUAUUGGGGAAUGAUUUAUUGUUCAGCUAUAAUUCGUAAAUCGUAUCCACGACUAGAUCUUUCAAAAUUCGUUACAAAUCAGUCUUGGGCUUGACAUUCGACGAUUUAAUAAAUAAACAUACAGGGUUUGUAACGUGUUAAUGUUACAAUAACGAAUGUUAUGUAUUUGCAUGCAUGCAGGCGAUGCAUAACCUCACAACUUACAUAACCUAUAAAAAUAGUUGUUGCAUGGUGUAUUGCUUAAAAUUACAUCACAUUAUAUUUAGAUAUAGAAGUUUAUAUAUCUACGUUGACAGUUUCGAGAAGUUUCAGAAUUGUAUUUGAGUUAUGGGAUUAAAUUUUUUUACGUAUA